AAUCCAAAAACCAGUCAACCCCAUAAACAAUCACCCCGAAGAAGAAAAUCACGGGCAGACAUCAUCAGCAACGCCGGCCGGCGUCACCGCCACCCUCCCCUCUCGCGGACACCGGAAACCAUCACAUCAAACCGGAAACCACCCUUCCCUCCAGAACUCCAGACCAUUCCCUUCUCCCUUUCCUCUUCUCCACGCUUCGCCCCUCGCCGACUAUUUUAAACCCACGCUUCUUUUAGUUCUUUCUUCCCCGUCGGCUUCCGGAGUGGAAACCAUUUUCCUACCACCCGCGGGAGAUCCACACGCCCACGAGCAGUGGAGCUCGGCAGCGAGGCUUCGGAGUUCUGCCAUGGCGUCGUCCCACAUCAUCCUGCCCAAGGAGGAGGAGGAGGAGGCGGCUGCGGCAGCGGUGGCGGAGGUCGGGUUGGGAGCGGCGGUGGAGGCGGACCACGACCACCGGCCGUACCAGGAGCAGGGGCCCGGGAAGGCGGCGCUGCCGUUCUCGGCAACGUGCGUCCGGAUCUCCCGCGACUCGUACCCGAACCUCCGCGCGCUGCGGAACGCGUCGACCAUGACACUCCACGAUGAUGACGCCGCCUUCGUCAAGCUCGAGGAGGGCGACUACGGAUACGUGCUCGACGACGUCCCGCACCUCACCGACUACCUCCCGGACCUCCCCACUUUUCCUAAUCCUCUGCAAGAUCAUCCUGCGUAUUCAACUGUCAAGCAAUAUUUUGUCAAUGCAGAUGAUACAGUCCCUGAAAAGGUAGUUGUUCAGAAGAACAGUCCACGAGGAGUUCACUUCCGUCGUGCUGGACCUCGUCAGAGGGUGUAUUUUGAGUCAGAAGAAGCGAAAGCUUGCAUUGUAACCUGUGGAGGCCUUUGCCCUGGGCUCAAUACUGUCAUCAGAGAGUUGGUUUGUGGCUUGUCCCACAUGUACAACGUUAGCAAUGUCUUCGGAAUACAGAAUGGGUACAAGGGGUUCUAUUCGAGCAAUUAUCUUCCCAUGACACCAAAGAGUGUGAAUGAUAUCCACAAACGAGGUGGUACAGUUCUUGGAACAUCACGAGGUGGCCAUGAUACCAAAAAGAUUGUUGACAACAUUCAAGAUCGUGGAAUUAAUCAGGUGUUCAUUAUAGGAGGAGAUGGAACUCAGAAGGGUGCAUAUGAGAUUUACAAGGAAAUCCGGAGACGUGGUCUACAAGUAGCUGUUGCUGGUAUUCCCAAGACUAUUGAUAAUGAUAUAGCGGUUAUAGACAAGUCAUUUGGUUUUGAUACUGCUGUAGAAGAAGCCCAGCGUGCCAUUAAUGCAGCUCAUGUGGAAGCUUCAAGUGCUGAAAAUGGAAUAGGUUUAGUGAAGCUUAUGGGUCGCUAUAGUGGAUUUAUUGCCAUGUAUGCUACUCUUGCAAGCAGAGAUGUGGACUGCUGCUUGAUUCCUGAGUCACCCUUUUAUUUGGAAGGGGAGGGUGGACUAUUUGAGUAUAUAGAUAGGAGGUUGAAGGAGAACAAUCACACGGUUAUUGUUGUCGCGGAGGGAGCAGGACAGGAUCUUAUUGCUCAAAGUAUACCUGCUGCAGAUCAGCAAGAUGCAUCUGGAAAUAAGCUGCUUCUUGAUGUUGGUCUCUGGUUGACUCACAAGAUUAAGGAUUAUUGCAAGAGCAAGAAGAUGGAGAUGACUAUUAAAUACAUAGAUCCAACUUACAUGAUCCGUGCUAUUCCAAGCAAUGCAUCAGACAAUGUCUAUUGCACCCUGCUCGCACAUAGUGCCAUUCAUGGUGCAAUGGCGGGAUACAGCUUUACAGUCGGAAUGGUUAAUGGCAGGCAUGCAUAUAUACCAUUUCAUAGGGUAACAUCUACAAGGAACAAGGUGAGGAUAACUGACAGGAUGUGGGCGAGGCUGCUGUCUUCAACCAACCAACCGAGUUUCCUGAGCCAGAAGGACAUCGACGCGGCCAGAGAAGCCGACAAGGCGGCCAACCGCAUGAAGAGCAGAGAGGACGCGAAGAAGCAAUCUACACCAGUGUUGGCAAAUGGCACCGACGGCGUCGAAGCGCAACUCGCCGCGCCGAUACUCCCACAGCAGCCGGCAACCGAUGGUCCUGUGCCACAACCUGCAAGACCCGACGUCAACAACGCGACGGCACCUGAUGCAGGUGAUCAGGAGGAAGCACGAACCACGGGGACCGACGUUGCAGGCGGAACCCUGACGCAGGCGGAGGUGAAGCCGACACCCGGAACAAACGUCUCGUGGCCCACGACACCACCUGAUACGCCAGAGCGCGACGUGGCGCCGGCGCCUCGAACCGAGCACGCACAGGCGACCGAGAUGGAACUGGACGUCGACACCGCGAGGCCCGAAGGCUGCACCACGCCGCCGCCGGUGCAGGACUCGGAGGGGUCCGACACGCAGAGCGCCGACUGCCGCGGGAGCCCCAUGCAUGGGAUGCAGGCAGGCGCGAGCGUGAAGCGGGACGAUGUGGCCGCCUCCAAGUCGAGGCUGUUCGCGUUCCGGUCCUUCACGCGGGACAAGAAGAAGGUGAUCAAGCCCGCCGGGGCCGCAGACACGGCAUCUCCAGAUAGUCGCAAGACGGAGGAGGCGGCCGCGGAGAACAAGGAGAGGCGGAAGAGAUUCUGGAAGCGAUGAUGGAUGGGGUGUGUGCUAGUUUUUGCCAUGCACGUCACACAGCGGUGACUGCAGAGUUGUUUAGCACCAUGUGUGUAAUAAGUAUCAUGACAAGGUAUAUAUAACAUGAAUUUAUCGCUGGUUCUCUUUUCGUGUAAUAUUUUGUCAACAGAUGAAAAGUU